GAAAGCCACAAUCCUUUCAGGCCAGUGGCGGCAGUAGGUAAAUUUUCCUUUUCAAAGUCUUUAGUCUACAUAGGCUACCCUGUUUUGGCGUUUUUAGAUCAAUAUUUUUAGAAGUUGGGAAGGGUUAUUUUUUUUUUCUGCCAAGGCAGUUUAAGUCAGUUUUAGCAUUUAGGAAGUAUAGGCGAUCGUGGCAAUAGACAAUUUUCUCUUUAUUGCCACGAAAUAUGUCGUGGCGCGAUGGUCUAAACUGUAUAUUGCCACGACAUCUUUCGUGGCAAUAAGGAGGAAAAUGUUUAUUGCCACGAAAUAUUUUUCAUGGCGCGACGGUCUAACUGUCUAUUGCCACGACAUCUUUCGUGGCAAUAAAGAGGAAAUUGUCUAUUGCCACGAAUUCCUAUAGGUUCUCUGCUGUCGUGGCAAUACGACAUAUUUCAUGGCAAUUAGAUCGAAAAUGUCUAUUGCCACGAAAUGUUGCAAAUUCAGUCCUGUCGUGCCAAUAAGUUCGAAUAUGACUAUUUACAUACACAUGUGGUCUGAAGGGGUUUAAAGGAAGAAGCAAAAGAAGGAGAAAGGAUGAAGGCUUGGGUGGGGGGAGUGUGUUCCUAGAGACAAUGCAGUUGCACAAGUGUGUAGUGGCUAGCUAUGGUAAUGGUAGUCGCUAGCUAGCACUGGUAGUCGCUAGUCGCUAGCCACCUUCAGCACCUUCCACCAUCAGCUAAACUUAAAUCUGCCAGUAUGAACGAACAUGUGCUCGCUGCGUUAUAUUCUGCUCAGAGACUUAAAUGUAUUGCGUUUGUUGUGGCUGUGCAAAUAUGCCUUGCUUUACAUCAAUAAUAGCGAUGUGAUUUCAUUUUAAAAUGUCUGCGUUACUUGACCGUUUAGUUGUAAACGAAACAUUUCAAAGUUUUGAAGAGAUUGAACGGUUUGUGGAGAGACUUGCGAGUGAACUUUUCAUGCCAUGUAGAAUUAAGGAUAGCAAAACCAUCGAAAAGUAUAACGAUUCGCUGAAGAACGUCGAUUACUAUCUGAAUCCCAAAUUGAGAUUUCACCAUGCUACAUUUGUGUGCUCGCAUUUCGGGAAUCACCGUGAUCGUUCGAAAGGAAAACGAACAACCCAGAAUGUCCGGGCAUGCAAAUGCAGCUUUUAUUUCAAAGUGGUCUAUCAACGCGGCUCAAAAAAUUUUCGAAUCAGCGAUGUAUGUCGGGAACACCAAAAUCAUCCGAUGUCGGAAUCUACAAUCAAAACUUUCCGCGUUAAAGAGAGAUUACCUAAUGAGAUGGUCGAUAUUAUAAAAAGUACAAUCGGGGCGGGUGGACAACCAACCCGCAUUAGGCAAAGGGCACUUCUUCAAUUUGGAAAGGACCUUCCUGCAAAGCACAUUCAAAAUAUGCGACAGGAAAUUACAGGGCUGCCCAAAGAUGAAUGGAAAAAUGCGGCUGAAUUGCUUAAUUCCUACGCAAUAAAAAAUAAGGAAAAUACUAUUCAAGUUUUGCAUGACCAAAAUGAUGUAAUUACGCACAUAUUCAUCCAACUGUCUGUCCAAAAAGAGCUCUACAAAAGUUUUGGUCAACUGAUUCAGUAUGACGGUACUUACCGAACUAACAAAUGUGGCAUGCCGCUGUACACCCUCUUGAUAGAAGAUAACUAUGGAGUUGGUCAACCAAUUGCUUACUGUUUUAUGAGAGAGGAAACAUCAAGUUCAAUCAAGUUGGCUCUUGAGAUGUUCGCCAAGUGCAAUAACGUCGAAGUUACCGAAGUUGUAAUAACUGAUAAGGAUUGCGCGGAGCUAGCUGCAUUUACGGAAGUUUUUCCACUGGCAACCCAGCUUCUAUGCCAAUUUCACGUUUUGGCUGCUGUAGACAGGAGAUUAAAAAUUGCUAAGCUUGGCGACGACGAAAGAGAAGAAAUAUUUCAGCAGUUUCGAAAAGCUGUUUAUGCCCAAAGUGAAGACGAUCUUGCAGAGGCAGCUGGAUAUCUUUCAUCACUAGAACAUGAUAACCUUGGAGAAUACUUCGAAAAUUUUUGGUUUAAACGUCCAGAGUUAUGGUCAACUACACAUAGAACUCACUACUUUACUAAAGGAAACAACACAACCAAUCGUCUGGAAAAAUUUCACAGUACAAUGAAAAAUGUUGGACACAGAAAGCUAAUGUUUUCAGAGCUCAUACAAAUUUUAUUAGACAUUAUUUGUCUUCGUGUGAGGGAUCGAAAUCAGAAAGCAGUUGACACGACGGUCAAAUUUACUACAGAAACUAUUCCUCCCAUACUGAAAGACUUUGCAAAGCAAGUUACAACGUACGCCUAUGGAUUAGUGAACAACCAGAUGAAGUUGAAAACUUCAGGUUACAGCAUAACUAACACUGGAACAUUUGGAUUUGUUAUUACUACCAGUUUGCGUACUUACGAAGUAGAAAGCGAUUUGACAAAAUGUUCUUGCAGCUUCUUCGCUACGUACCAUUUACCUUGUCGACAUAUACUGUUUGUGGGAAACAUACAUGAUGUCAUGUUACCUAUCGACAAGUACGAUCCUUGCUGGAACGAAGAUAAAGUUGAUGACGAAUUGCAAAAGAAUAAAAAGGAUAGCGUAAGCGAAGGUCGUGAUGUGUCUCCAAAAGCCAUUGAAAACUCAAGACGACCUCGUAAAAUAAUCACAAGUGAUGAUAUGUGGAAUAUUGGUAAUCAGCUGGCGAAACAAUGGUGCGACGCAAUUCAAAACCUAUCUCUUCCUGCAUUUAACGGCCAAAUCAAUUUAUUGAAGAGAAUGAUCGAAGGCGCAAAGAAAAACGAAGUUGUUGUUUUCGAUCUACCUAAUAUAAAUGGAACUAUUGAUACUGUCGAAGAGACUCCUGACCGUGAAUUGAGGCCGAUGGCUAGCUCAGUCGCAAAUUAUGGUAGCUGCAAAGAAAACCCAGAGCAAGCAUCUUUUACCCCUUCGACGACCCCUAAUAAGACACCUACUAGCAGCAGGGCUAGCUCAGUCGUAACUUAUGGUAGCCGCAAAGAAAACCCAGUGCAAGCAUCUUUUACCCCUUCGACGACUCCUAGAAAAAAACGAACGUACAGCAAGGGUCAACAAAACUCGAUGGAAGAUGAAUUGAAAACUCUCUCCAAAAUUCCAAAGUCGCCAGCUAAGAAACAGAAGACUAGUCAAUUAAAAAACUUGAUUCUACCGUACAAUCAACGUCCUGCAGGUCAUCCAAGAAAAAAGAACGAAAGUGAGUUUGCAAGAUAUUCUCUUGUACCAAAGCUAUUCUCACAAAAGACUGAAUUUGAAAAACAAACAAUGUUCUUAAAAUGGGUACUGGGAGUUGAACGAGCAAACGCAUACAUCACUCCUGGAAACAAGAAAAAGGUAGAAGAGGAAGACCUUCUGGUUAUCCCGGAUGAAGUCAAUAAUGCUGUUGUUGAAGAAGCUGUCUUAAAAGAACUCCCACUGUUCAUGCAACUUUUCACUGCUGAUGCUUGGGUUGCUGUCAAUCAAUUGAUUGAUGCAAAGAAAUCUGCUAAAGAAAAAGAUGAGUUGGUUUUUGCUUGCAUUCUUUGCAAGAAAACUAUCAAAGGAAACUCGUCUUGUAUUGCCUGUGACUCUUGCCAACAAGGACUCAUAUAAAGUGUGAACAACUCAACAUUUCCCACUUCUAGCAAGUACACAUGCAAGACUUGCCGGAAGAACAAUUAAAAUCUUCAUAGGUUUCUAUCUUGUCUUGCCAUUAAUGUCAGUUGUAAUCACAAGUUGCUAUCGUUUGAUUAUACGAUGAACCAAUGUAGGGGAGACCGGACCCAUGUUGGACACAGUUCCAAGUUGGACAGUGUCUUAAAAUAUAGCAAAAAUUGCUUUAAAAUUCUAGAUUUCACACGAAUUGUUCUAGAUGUGAUGAUGCUGGAUCCUGUGUAGUUUAAUUAAUUUCCCGACAGUGGAACGGGAGUUAUAGGAGGAAGAAAAAAACACGAUAAAUUAUUGCAAAAUUUUUCACCCGAAUUAUUGAUCUUUCUCCAAGUUUGUUUGAGUAAAAUUUUUUUUAAACACAUCAGUGUGUAAAACAGUUUAUCCUUUACAAUUGUGGGUAAGAAAAUUAUUUUUAGGUGCUUUGGUGUACCUACAAUUAAUGAAUUUGCGGGGGGCAUGAUUUUGAGGCCAUUUUGGACAGUUCCAAGGGGUAAUAUUGGACAAUGGGUAAUAUAUGGACUUCAGCGCCACCUGCAUUUUUCCCCAUCUCGCCCCAUUUAAAAGUUGUAAUUCUUUCCCUUUAAGAAAACUUUUUCAGUUUUAAAGAUAUAAUUUCCAAAAUUUGUUUGGGGUUAAACUACAUUACCAUCUACAUUUCCUGAUUUUUUCAUAAUUUUAAAUUCAUACUAUCCCUCUUUUAAUACCCUGUCCCACUUGGUACAGGCCCCUGUCUAAUGUCACCCCGGAUCGGUAAAAAAACACCGAAAAAUGGAAAUCAAUGUAAGUUCUUAAAUUUUAAAGUUACACAUUUUAAAAAAAUCAAGGG